GCUUCCAGACUGCGCCUGUGCAGGGUUCUUGUUUCUGCCGAGCCGGCUACCCGGAGCAGAGUUCUCCUGAGCUGAGCGGGGACCCUGCCGAUUGAGGAGCUUGGGAGUAAAGGAGUUCCAUUGUGUUUCUGGAUUUGCAUUUAAGGACAACACCUUCCAUAAAGAAUUCUUCUGUUUGGACUUUGCAUCUUCAAUGAAGGUGGCUAACACCUUUGGUAAAUCAAGGGAUUUGUUAACUUUGUAAUGGCCACUUCACAAGCUUCGCGAACAGUAGCAUCACAGGUACCCUUUGCAGAUUUAUGUUCAACUUUAGAACGAAUACAAAAAAGUAAAUCCCGUCCAGACAAAAUCAAAUACUUUAAGGAAUUUUUAGAUUCGUGGCGGAAAUUUCAUGAUGCUAUUCAUAAAAAUGAAAAAGAAGUCACGGACUCUUUUUAUCCAGCCAUGAGACUUAUUCUUCCACAACUGGAACGAGAAAGGAUGGCCUAUGGAAUUAAAGAAACCAUGUUUGCUAAACUUUAUAUUGAGCUGCUUAAUUUACCAAAAGAAGGAAAAGAUGCUCAGAAACUUUUAAAUUACAGAACACCAACUGGAACUCGUGGAGAUGCUGGAGACUUUGCAAUGAUUGCAUACUUUGUGUUGAAGCCCCGGUGUCCACAGCAAGGAAGCUUAACCAUACAGCAAGUCAAUGAUGUUUUAGACUUAAUUGCUAGCAGCAAGUCAGCCAAUAGAAAGGAUCUGGUAAAGAAGAACCUUCUUCAGCUCAUAACUCAGAGUUCAGCUCUUGAACAAAAGUGGCUUAUCCGAAUGAUUAUAAAGGACUUAAAACUGGGUGUUAGCCAACAUACUAUAUUUUCUCUUUUUCAUAGAGAUGCUGCUGAGUUGCAUAAUGUUACAACUGAUCUAGAAAAAGUGUGCAGGGAACUUCAUGAUCCUUCAGUUGGACUCAGUGAUAUUUCAAUUACAUUAUUUUCUGCUUUUAAACCAAUGCUAGCUGCUGUGGCAGAUAUUCAGCGAAUUGAAAAGGACAUGAAACAUCAAAGUUUCUACAUAGAGACAAAACUAGAUGGUGAGCGUAUGCAAAUGCACAAAGAUGGAGAUGUGUAUAAAUUCUUUUCUCGAAAUGGAUAUGAUUACACCGAACAAUUUGGUGACUCUUCCCUUCAAGGUUCUUUAACACCAUUUAUUCAUAAUGCAUUCAAAAUGAACAUACAGAACUGUAUUCUUGAUGGUGAGAUGAUGGCCUAUAAUCCCAACACACAAAUAUUUAUGCAGAAGGGAAAUAAGUUUGAUAUUAAAAAAAUGGUAGAAGAUUCUGAACUACAGACAUGUUAUUGUGUUUUUGAUGUGUUAAUGGUCAAUAAUAAAAAAUUGGGACAUGAGACCUUGAGAAAAAGGUAUGAAAUUAUUGAUAGUGUUUUUACACCAAUAAAAGGUAGACUAGAAGUGGUACAAAAAACAGAGGCUAACACUAAAAAAGAAGUCAUUGAUGCUUUAAAUGAAGCAAUAGAUAAAUGUGAGGAGGGAAUUGUGAUUAAAAAUCCACUUUCCAUUUACAAACCAGAUAAACGUGGUGAAGGAUGGUUAAAAAUUAAGCCAGAGUAUAUAAAUAAGUUAAUGGAUGAAUUGGAUAUUUUAAUUGUUGGUGGUUAUUGGGGUAAAGGUUCUCGGGGAGGAAUGAUGUCUCAUUUUUUGUGUGCAGUAGCAGAAACACCCCCUCCUGGUGAAAAACCUUCUGUAUUUCAUACUCUUUGUCGUGUUGGUUCUGGAUACACUAUGAAAGAACUAUAUGACCUUGGUUUGAAAUUAUCCAAACACUGGAAACCUUUUCAUAAAAGAACUCCACCAAAUAGCAUCUUGUGUGGUAAAGAGAAACCAGAAGUUUAUAUCGAGCCUUGUAAUUCUGUCAUUGUUCAAAUUAAAGCAGCAGAAAUUGUCAGCAGUGAUAUGUAUAAAACUGAUUGUACACUACGCUUCCCUCGCAUUGAAAAGAUAAGAGAAGAUAAAGAGUGGUAUGAGUGUAUGACUCUGAGUGAAUUAGAAAACCUUAGAGGAAAAGCAUCUGGAAAGCUUGCUACUAAACACCUUUUUAUAGCUGGUGAUGAUGAAGAACCACAGGAAAAAAAACGGAAAGCUGUUAAGGUUAAGAAAGCUAUUACUAUUAUUGAGCACUUAAAAGCUCCUGAUCUUUCUAACAUAAACAAAAUUUCGAAUGUAUUUGAAGAUGUGGAAUUUUGUGUUAUGAGUGGAACAGACAGCCAUUCAAAAUCCAGUCUGGAAAAUUGCAUAGCGGAAUUGGGUGGUUAUAUUGUACAGAACCCUGGCCCAGACACAUAUUGUAUAAUUGCAGGUACUGAGAAUGUGAGAGUAAAAAAUAUCAUCUCUUCAAACAAGCAUGAUGUGGUAAAGGCAGAAUGGCUCUUAGAGUGUUUUAAGGCCAAAGAGCACGUUCCAUGGCAGCCUUGCUUUAUGAUUCACAUGUGUCCAUCCACAAAAGAACAUUUUGCCCGUGAAUAUGACUGCUAUGGGGACAGUUAUUUUGCUGAUACAGAUCUGCUACAACUGAAGGAAGUAUUCUCAAGAAUUAAAAAUGUUAAGGAGAAUAGUCCUAAAGAAAUGUCUCCAGUAAUUACAGAUUUAGAAUAUCGGUAUUCUUGGGAUAACAGCCCUCUCAGUAUGUUCCGACAGUGUGUCAUAUAUGUGGAUAUGUAUGCUAUUAUUAAUGACCUCACAACACAAAUCCAGGGAACCAGGCUGUCCAUUAAAGCUUUGGAGCUGCGAUUUUAUGGAGCACAGGUUAUUUCAUGUUUAGAAGAAGGAGUGUCCCAUGUAAUUGUUGGGGAGGAUCACAGUCGUGUUGAGGAAUUUAAAGCUUUUCGUAGAACUCUUAAGAAAAAGUAUAAAAUCUUACAAGAUCUUUGGGUCACUGAUUCUUUGAAAGAGGGUAAUUUGCAGGAAGAAAAUUGUUACUUGAUCUGAAAUUAAUUUUCCUGAUAAGCAAAGCCCUUCAUUUUGCCCAAGAGGUUUCACUGAGGUAGGUGUAGCUAGCUUAUUCAAUAUAUCUUUAAUGUUUACAAGUUCAAAACCUGUGCUUACAGAGCAUUAAUAGAUGUAGCAAAACAAUUUUAAUUUUUCAGAAAUUGAAAGGUAACGAUACAGGAAUAAAUAUCUUCAGCAAAUUAACAUUUAGUGAUUUUUAUGACCAAAACAAAAUAAUUACUGUUUGUUAAACAAAGAUGAUUACAGACCAUAACUCAAGAGAACUAGAAGUUUUAAUUAAGUAGCAAUAAAAUGCUUUCAAAUAUCUGAAAUAAUUAAAAUGACCUAUUUUUAAUAAUAGCUGCUAAAUAAAUGACAGAAGUAUCUUUUUUUAAAUUUAUGCUUUUAAAUACACUUUUGGAACUAGCAUAUAUCUCAACAUGAAGGAAUAUAAUACUACAGAUUUUCUUAAUUCUUAGUUGAUGGUCAGAAGUAAUAUCCAACUACAGGCAUUAAUUUUAAGUUGACAGUAAGAUACAUUAAUAAGUUGACAAGCUUUAGGUAAAGUAGAAAGAGCUGUUAGACUUAAUAUUUUGGAUAAUUUGGGAUCUAGAUAUAAUAAAAUUAAACAUCUCUAAUUUUAAACAAAAGUUGUGUUUCUUAUGUUUUUAAGAAGAUACUUUUGUCUGCAUUAAAUCAAAAUUAAUCAGAUAAAAACUCUUGUAUUAUAUUUUAAGGAGAAAUAAGCUAUUUUUUCAUUUUUAAAAACAUUCAUAUUUGAAUUACAUAAGGAGAUUAUUGUAUUAUUUAUUAUAUUUUUAAAUUAUAUAACCAAUUUUGGGAUACUGAAUACUGUUUUAAAUAUCUUUGAAUGUUUUGCAAAGUCUGCUUUUUCAUCACAACAUGGAAAUGCAAUUUAAAAGUCAGUACAAAUGGUAAUGAUAGACGUCUCAUAAGUAUUUUAGAAAUGAUGUUAUAGCUUUUGUUGUAUUUAUUUAAAUAAAGUAUAUGGUCUUUUUCAGAAAAACCUUGUUGACAUUUUGAUUUAAAAUGAUGUGUUAGUUCAGAGUAAUCACUAAACUUUAGACAACCACAUGUACUAUUGUCUUAAGCAACAUAUUAGCUAAAGUAAGUCUAAUUCCAUUUUUUAUAUCCCUAGUGUUCAAAUUAAUUAAAUUCAACAAACAUCACACACCUACUGUGGGUCAGAGCGUAUAUACUAGAUUCUGAUGAAAAUGGAAGGAUAAAUAAAACAUUAACAUUGUCAUCAUGGAACUUAAAAUCUAAUAGGAAAGAUAAGGCACAUAAAAACAAAUAAAAAUUAAAAUACAAGUGCAUAAGAAAUUCUCAGUAAAGAGAUUGCUUUAGAGUAGGGAAAUAGUGAGAAUUCACCUGCAUUCUACCCCAAAGGAUGGGUAAGAUUUCAACAGAUGAAGGUACAAGGAACAUAUUUCAGGCAGAAGGUAACUGGUCAAAGGCUUCUCACAGAAGUAGUUAAGGGAGCAAGGAACUGAAUUCCUGUCAUGUGGAGUAUGAGUAGACUGAAACAUAUGAUAGGGGAAUAGUUCAAGAGAAGUAUAUAGAAUAGUAGUUGGAACUAAAUUGUGAAGCACCUUGAAAUCCAUAAUAAAUAAUUUAAAUUUUAUUCAAGAAGUUUUAUUGAGCAUUAAGCAAUUUUUAGAGAGGAAGUGCUAUAUAAAUUGUCUUUCACUGAGUGGCUUAAAAUUACAUAAAUGUGUGGGAAGAAUUGGAGAAGAGAGAAGAUAUUGGAAGAAGCCAGACCAACUAGGAUUCUUACAAUUUGUCAUACAAUGAAGAGUUAAAGGAUCUGAACUAGGGUGAUGGUAAUGAAAAUGCAAAUAGAGAAAUA